AUGUUUACUCACCUCGACACGGGCAACGCUCUAAGUGCUCUUAACUCUCUCAACAGCUCUAGUGCUCUUGACUCUUUCAACAGCUCUACUGCUCUUGACUCUCUCAACAGCUCUAGUGCUCUUUGCUCUCUCAACAGUUCUACUGCUCUUUGCUCUCUCAACAGCUCUAGUGCUCUUGACUCUCUCAACAGCUCUACUGCUCUCGGCUCUCUCAACAGCUCUACUGCUCUUGACUCUCUCAACAGCUCUACUGCUCUUGACUCUCUCAACAGUUCUACUGCUCUUGACUCUCUCAACAGCUCUACUGCUCUUGACUCUCUCAACAGCUCUACUGCUCUUGACUCUCUCAACAGUUCUACUGCUCUUGACUCUCUCAACAGCUCUACUGCUCUUGACUCUCUCAACAGCUCUACUGCUCUUGACUCUCUCAACAGCUCUACUGCUCUUGACUCUCUCAACAGCUCUACUGCUCUUGACUCUCUCAACAGCUCUACUGCUCUUGACUCUCUCAACAGUUCUAGUGCUCUUGACUCUCUCAACAGCUCUAGUGCUCUUGACUCUCUCAACAGCUCUAAUUCUAGUGCUCUUGACUCUCUCAACAGCUCUAGUGCUCUUUGCUCUCUCAACAGUUCUACUGCUCUUGACUCUCUCAACAGCUCUAGUGCUCUUGACUCUCUCAACAGUUCUACAGCUCUCGGCUCUCUCAACAGCUCUACUGCACUUGACUCUCUCAACAGCUCUAGUGCUCUUGACUCUCUCAACAGUUCUACUGCUCUCGGCUCUCUCAACAACUCUACUGCUCUUGACUCUCUCAACAGCUCUACUGCUCUUGACUCUCUCAACAGCUCUACUGCUCUUGACUCUCUCAACAGCUCUACUGCUCUUGACUCUCUCAACAGCUCUAGUGCUCUUUGCUCUCUCAACAGUUCUACUGCUCUUGACUCUCUCAACAGCUCUAGUGCUCUUGACUCUCUCAACAGUUCUACUGCUCUUGACUCUCUCAACAGCUCUAGUGCUCUUUGCUCUCUCAACAGUUCUACUGCUCUUGACUCUCUCAACAGUUCUACUGCUCUUGACUCUCUCAACAGCUCUACUGCUCUUGACUCUCUCAACAGCUCUACUGCUCUUGACUCUCUCAACAGUUCUACUGCUCUUGACUCUCUCAACAGCUCUACUGCUCUUGACUCUCUCAACAGCUCUACUGCUCUUGACUCUCUCAACAGCUCUACUGCUCUUGACUCUCUCAACAGCUCUACUGCUCUUGACUCUCUCAACAGCUCUACUGCUCUUGACUCUCUCAACAGUUCUAGUGCUCUUGACUCUCUCAACAGCUCUAGUGCUCUUGACUCUCUCAACAGCUCUAAUUCUAGUGCUCUUGACUCUCUCAACAGCUCUAGUGCUCUUUGCUCUCUCAACAGUUCUACUGCUCUUGACUCUCUCAACAGCUCUAGUGCUCUUGACUCUCUCAACAGUUCUACAGCUCUCGGCUCUCUCAACAGCUCUACUGCACUUGACUCUCUCAACAGCUCUAGUGCUCUUGACUCUCUCAACAGUUCUACUGCUCUCGGCUCUCUCAACAACUCUACUGCUCUUGACUCUCUCAACAGCUCUACUGCUCUUGACUCUCUCAACAGCUCUACUGCUCUUGACUCUCUCAACAGCUCUACUGCUCUUGACUCUCUCAACAGCUCUAGUGCUCUUUGCUCUCUCAACAGUUCUACUGCUCUUGACUCUCUCAACAGCUCUAGUGCUCUUGACUCUCUCAACAGUUCUACUGCUCUUGACUCUCUCAACAGCUCUAGUGCUCUUUGCUCUCUCAACAGUUCUACUGUUCUUGACUCUCUCAACAGUUCUACUGCUCUUGACUCUCUCAACAGCUCUAGUGCUCUUGACUCUCUCAACAGUUCUACUGCUCUUGACUCUCUCAACAGCUCUAGUGCUCUUUGCUCUCUCAACAGUUCUACUGCUCUUGACUCUCUCAACAGCUCUAGUGCUCUUGACUCUCUCAACAGUUCUACUGCUCUUGACUCUCUCAACAGCUCUAGUGCUCUUUGCUCUCUCAACAGUUCUACUGCUCUUGACUCUCUCAACAGUUCUACUGCUCUUGACUCUCUCAACAGCUCUAGUGCUCUUGACUCUCUCAACAGUUCUACUGCUCUUGACUCUCUCAACAGCUCUAGUGCUCUUGACUCUCUCAACAGUUCUACUGCUCUUGACUCUCUUAACAGCUCUAGUGCUCUUUGCUCUCUCAACAGUUCUACUGCUCUUGACUCUCUCAACAGCUCUAGUGCUCUUGACUCUCUCAACAGUUCUACUGCUCUUGACUCUCUCAACAGCUCUAGUGCUCUUUGCUCUCUCAACAGUUCUACUGCUCUUGACUCUCUCAACAGCUCUAGUGCUCAUGACUCUCUCAACAGUUCUACUGCUCUUGACUCUCUUAACAGCUCUAGUGCUCUUUGCUCUCUCAACAGUUCUACUGCUCUUGACUCUCUCAACAGCUCUAGUGCUCUUGACUCUCUCAACAGUUCUACUGCUCUUGACUCUCUCAACAGCUCUAGUGCUCUUUGCUCUCUCAACAGUUCUACUGCUCUUGACUCUCUCAACAGCUCUAGUGCUCUUGACUCUCUCAACAGUUCUACUGCUCUUGACUCUCUCAACAGCUCUAGUGCUCUGGACUCUCUCAACAGCUCUAGUGCUCUUGACUCUCUCAACAGCUCUACUGCUCUUGACUCUCUCAACAGGUCUACUGCUCUUGACUCUCAACAGCUCUACUGCUUUUGA